CUGGUCACACCUUAGAAACUUCCCGUCAGCGCUUCGCUUCCUGAAAUCCAUCUUGUAACACAGCUGUGAGGUUCCAUCGUAUGCACACAGUCCACAACGAGCGACUAUGGCAUUCGAGAAUUGAUACCAAACCAAGUUUCUCUUUGGAGACAUGGCAGCAUGCAGGGCCUGCUAACCCGGAGGUACACGAUGCCCCAUUGGCACUAUUUGAUUUUUGCUCCUUGCUUUCCUUAAUUGAAACGCAAAUUUCUUUAGAAUCCAGAGCAAUCUUCUUUGGACCAUAACUUUGAUGAUGAUUCCGAUGCUGCAGCCAUGGUAUACUUAUUUUGUGGAUUUUCGGAAGCUGAUGUUCUAGCUGUUGAUGUCAG